CCAAUCAGCGGGGCACAAGAGGCAUCAUAUGCAGUAAGAACAGCAUAACAUAACAUAAAGGGGUUAACAAGUGGAAUGAUGCUCCGUCCAUUAUAGCUAGGCGCAAGCAGCAGGAGGUGUGUUUGAGUUGUUCAGUUUCUUCGCCGGCCGGCCGGCCGGGAGAGACACACUGCUUGCUAAUUAUGACUGCGAUGAUGAUGAGGAGGUACAUGCCUCACGCUCUGAUGGUCCUGGCGCAGCUCUUCUUCACGCUCCUCUACUUCAUCGCCGAGGCCGCCUUCAACAGGGGGCUCAACUCCUUCGUCUACGUCACCUACCGCCACCUCCUCGCCGCCUGCAUCCUCUGCCCAUUCGCCUACUUCAAGGAGAAGACGCUGAGGCCGAAAAUGACACCAAUGCUGUUCCUGGAGAUAUUCGUGCUGUCACUUGUGGGGGGGAGCUUAACUCUGAACAUGUACUUCUCGAGCUUGAAGUACACGUCCCCGACCUUCGUCACCUCCAUGCUCAACACCGUGGCCUCGAUCACGUUCGUCGUCGCCGUCGUCCUCAGGUUGGAGAUCGUAGACGUGAGGACCCUGCGGGGGCUCGCCAAGAUCGCGGGGACCGCGGUGUCGCUGGCCGGGGUGACCACCAUCAGCCUGUACAGAGGAGCGGCCGUGAAGAGGCCGUGGAGGGCGCCCGCCGUCCACGUACACGGCAUCGGCGGCGCCGGUCACGUGGAGCCACACGAGAGCUGGGUCAAAGGGUCGCUGCUCGCGCUGGCGAGCUGCAUCUGCUGGUCGAUCUGCUUCAUCUUGCAGGCAGGCUUCGUCCAUAAAGAGGUACCCGGCCAAGCUGUCUCUGACGGCGUGGACGUCCCUGGUCGGCGGCCUGCAGUCGGCGGCCUUCGCGGCGUUCGUGCAGCGGGACGCGCGGGACUGGCUCGUCGGCUUCGGCCUCAACUUCUGGGCCAUCGUGUACGCGAAGAUCGACUUGCUCUUGUCGUACGUUCUAUAGGCGAUCGCCUGCAAUGGCUUGACCGUCGUCAUCCAGCUGUGGUGCAACAGGGAGAAAGGCCCCGUGUUCGUCGCCAUGUUCAACCCCCUCCUCACCGUCAUGGUGGCACUCCUCGCCUACUUCGUCUUCGGCGAAAACCUAUACGUUGGGAGCGUGAUUGGAGGGCUGCUUGUGAUUCUGGGGCUCUACAUGCUGCUGUGGGGCAAGGACAAGGACCAAGAACAGCACGUGUCGUCGUCAUCGGAGGAGGGCAAAGAGCAGGAGCACCCCCAUGGCCAUGAUGAGCUGGACCUGCACUACAGCGUCAGCUUGCGAGAAGCAGCAGUCGGCCGAGGCCGACCGUGAUAUGUAUGUAUGUCUGUAUAAGUGAUCAUUUUGUUGGCAGUUGGCACUGUACGCACUACUACAGCACACCUCUGUACAGGCGGUCUGGUUCGCCACUACACAGGCGGUUCCAGGAACCGCUUGUGGUGCACCGCCUGUGAUGUAGCGGUCAAUCAAAAACCGCCUGUGAAAAACACAGAUUACAGGCGGUCCAGUUCAACGGAACCGCCUGUGAUAGACACACAUCACAGGCGGUCCAGUUCAAAGGAACCGACUGCAUUCACUAUAAAUCACAGACGAUUUUCAUUAUACAGAUUCAUAUA